AUGACAUCGGUAAACUUCUCGGAAGUCUUUGACGAAAAUUUCCUCUCUACAUACAAUGCAUCCUUAUUCUUUAGUAUCAGCAGAUAUGAUGACCUAAACAGUUUCCUCAAAACCAAAGAAUGCGAAAAUGAAACACAACAUGUCUUGGCCAACGGAACCAUUACUAAAGUCUUCUAUACGUGUCCACUGCUGGUGGCAGUGGGUCUUCUGUCCAAUAUUUUAGCCUAUUUAGUAUUCACAAGAACUCGUCUCAGGAGAGUGCCUUCGGUUCCUUAUCUAUCAGCAAUGGCGGUGGUAGACAGCGGAGCACUUGUGACUGAGUUUGUUAUAAACGGCAUUGUGCUGCAUGGAAUAUACAUCAUUACCUGGCCUGGAGUGUGCCAGUACACCACCUACCUAAACUUCGUGUUCAUAUUCCUAUGCAUUUGGUACCCAGUCGCCAUGUGUGUGGAGAAGUUUAUCGGUGUGUAUUUCCCUUUACGUAAAGCUGCCUUAUGCACCACAUUCAGGGCCAAAGUGGUGGUCAUAUGUAUGAUGGUUUUGACCGGAACGUGCUACUACUACGUCAUCUACAUGGUGGGGUCCAUGGUUUUAUCCAAACAGUUAUACUGCUUCGUCUUUGACGUGUUCCGAACAGACUUCUCUAUUUUAAUGAAAAUCGACGGAGUUGUUGUGGUCAUCUUGCCCGCCAUCGUCCUCAUCAUCUUGAUGUUGUUGAUCUGCGGUCGAGGAUGCGAGUAUUACCGUAUUUCCACAGCUGUGGAAGUCACAAACCGGAACGGGCCCUCUAGACAGUCGUCUUUAAGAGCUCCUGUUCGAGUGACGAACGUUAUAUUUCCAGUGGUAUUAAUUGUCUUGGUUUUGAAACUUCCUAUUGGGCUGAUGCGGACGUAUGUCACUAUUACCGGAACGCCGUCAACGCUGUGGGGGAUUCAGAGCAUUUUGAUGUACAUUAGUAGAUUUGAGUGGGUGAUCAAGCUGUACAUAUAUCUGGUGUUUUCGCCAAGUUUUCGCCGCAGUACUAAAUCGUUGUUGUGUGAUAUCAGGAUAAGGUUGAAGCACAAAUGUCGACAUGACUCAUUUGACGACGACGAGGAGAUGGCUGGAAGGGGUCGGAUUAAUAUCCCGGAGAGAGCUGAUAGAGAGAAUAAUCCUAGAGCGUGCCUUAUGGUGUCUGAUGUGUGA